GGCGGCCUCUCAUAGCAACAUCACACCCUCUUACAGGUGCUCGCACUUUUCAAGGACGCCAGAACAACCGGGGAGAAGGACCUUCUCUGUAAUCUGAAAGGUUUGUUGGAAAAUCUCCAUUUAAAUUUAGUUCUGUCAUCAGACCAAGAGCCAGCAUGUCAAUGGGCAUGGAGAUCGUGGGCAUUGCCCUUGGAGUGAUUGGUUUUAUCAUUGCAAUAGUUACGUGCGCCCUGCCAAUGUGGAGGGUGACGGCUUUCAUCGGAGCCAACAUCAUCACUGCUCAGACCAUCUGGGAGGGUUUAUGGAUGAACUGUGUGACCCAGAGCACCGGCCAGAUGCAGUGCAAGAUCUACGACUCGAUGCUGGCCCUGCCACGGGAGCUGCAGGCCUCCCGAGCAAUGAUGAUCAUCGCCAUCAUACUCGGGGUGCUGGGGGUCAUGAUUUCCAUUGUCGGGGCAAAGUGCACCAACUGCAUCGAACACGAGUCGUCCAAAGCCAAAGUGAUGAUCAUUGCUGGAAUCUUCUUUAUCCUCGGCGGCCUUUUGGUCCUCAUCCCCGUUAGCUGGACGGCCAGCGUCAUCAUCCAGAAUUUCUACAACCCGCUCCUGAGCAGCACGCAGAAGAGGGAGAUUGGGGCAUCGCUCUACAUCGGCUGGGGGGCGGCCGCCCUGCUCCUGAUUGGUGGGGCGAUGCUGUGCAGCAGCUGCCCGCCAAAGGAGAAGAAGUACAAGCCGCCCCGGAUGGCCUACACCGCCCCGCGCAGCACCAGUGCAGGUGGAGCGUACGACAGGAAAGACUAUGUCUGAACACAAGUGUCUGAAAGUUUGAUGUUUGUUUUUGUGUGUCUUUGUAUUUUUUUGUCUAAAACCACAGGGUGAACCCCACAAAAAGACUCCGAAAUGAAGAUGUGUGUACAAAUAUAGAAUUUUCUGCUUUAUCUUUGAACUUUAAAGUUUUGCUCUGCUUCAUGCAGCAGGUGUGUCUUGUUAAGGACGCUCCCAUGUUCUGUAUAUGAACAUUAGAGCCUGUUUUCCAGUGAAUAAUAACUUGUUGUAUUUAUGCUUUAACUUCUGUGGCAUUUUCUGAAUCUGAAACCCUUCUUCUCGAGUGUGUGUUGCUAUCUCAUUAGCUGUCGGCCUGCUGGUGUCGUGUUUCAGUGAAACCUUUAUUUAAAAUGGUGUGUGUCGCUGACAAUGACGAGGAAAAGCUCGCUCUCAUUUUACAUAGAUUUGAAUGUGCGAUUGUUCAGUGUGUGUCUGUAUGUGUGUGUGUGUGUGUGUGUGUGUGUGUGUGUGUGUGCGUGUGUGUGUGUGUGUGUGUGCUUUGCAUGUAUAUUUGCUUAGGAGAGUUUCUACUGAGAUUGAAACUAAAGAUGGAUCCAUGAUAUGGCCCCAGGUAGCAACGUUAUCUCCCUCCUCACUGUUUACGGACAUAGAAAAGACAGUUUCAGUUGUGACACAGAGACUUUUUAUGUGUCUAUACAUGCACGUUUAUUUUAUAUUUCAGUAAUAAAAUGUAUUUGAAAUGUAUUCUAACACUCCACUGUGUGUGUAAUAGAUUUAUAUUGUUUUUAGUUUUUACAUCUAUCUUUAUCAUCUGAUAUCAUCCGUAUGAUCUGCUGUCAAACAAAGAGCCAAAGGUCCUGUGUGUGUGUGAGUGUGUGUGUGUGUGUGUGCGUGCGUGUGCGUGUGUUUUUGUGUGUGUACGUGUGUGUGUGUGUGUGUGUGUUUGUGUGUGUCUGGGUGUGUGAGACAGCCUGAGGCAAUAUGACUACAGCUGUUUCAACAUCAAAAGGAUAUGUUUUGUGAUCUAUAUCUAUCAAAUAUUUCAUUAAUGCAUAUCCAUCUCCUGUUAUUAGGAUUGUGUGUUCACUUUAACAUUAUUUUAUACUUUAGUGGCCAAACAUUGUAAAAGAGCAGAUUUAUAAUAUAAAUGCUUUGUUAAAUGUUUAAAUGUAUAGGCUUGAAUUUCAAAUGUGUGGAAGAUUUUAAUAAAAG